AUGGCCCCGGGCGGCUCCCGUAAACGGGGACGACACCAAACGGAGGAUAGCAGCACGACCGAGCUGUCGACUCGGUCGCUGCUGCCAAAACGUCGUCGCACCGACAAAUUCCACCGCGGCCAGAUCGCUCGGGUGACGGUCAAAAACUUCACCACAUACGCCGAUGGCGAGUUCCGCUGCUCGCCAACGUUGAACCUUGUCAUCGGGCCCAAUGGUACGGGGAAACUGACAUUGGUGGCGGCCAUCUGCCUCGGCUUGGGCGGCGACCCCAAGCUUAUUAGUCGCGACAACAUGAAGCUGAUGAUCCGGGCGGGCCAGUCGCUGGCUCUGGUCGAGGUGGAAUUGGUCGAUAACCCUGCCAACAUCGUCAUCAGGCGAGACUUCAAUGCCAAAACUCUGACCUGGUACAUCAAUGGUUUGUUAAAGCUGGAGAAAGAAGUGUUAGCGAAGGUUAAGGAAUUUAAUAUCCAGCUCAAUAACUUGUGCCACUUUUUGCCCCAGGAAAGAGUGUCUGAGUUUGCCCUGAUGGACUCCAAAAAGCUCCUUGAAGAAAUUCAGCGUACGUUGGGUGAUGGCCAUUUGUUGAAGUGGCACCGACAAUUGAUCGCUUGGGACAACGAACUUCAGGAGAGUGAGGACGAGAGGGAACGCUUGCUAGAGAUGCAAAAGACGCUCGAGGUCGAACGUGACAAACUCAUGGAGGAGAAGGAUGCCUAUGAGCUGUACCAAGCGAAAAAGACCGUUGUCGAUAUGCAUCGUGAGUUAAUCCCUUUUGCUCAGAAACACGAUAUGGCGCAUCAGCUUCAACAAACCAAGCAGGACUACGAAGAAGCAAAGUUAUUAUUUCAAAGACAUGAACAGCUGCUUGAACCCAUGAGAAACAUUCUCGAGGAGGCCACGGUCAAGGCCGAUAGGCUACGCCAAGGACGUAAUUCUGAUUCUUUGAAAACUCUCAAGCAGACACAACAUACACUUGAGGACAAAAUUGACAGAUACCGUGAAAAUUUCAAAUCUAUCCAAGGUGAGAUUGUUUUGAAGCGGAAGAAAGCCAUGGACUCACAGAAGUUGUUACUGAAGAAGAAUGCUGAAAGAAAAAAGUAUUUGGAAAGAUUGAAGGAAUUACCCGAUCGUGUGGAUCAAUCCGAAAUCGAUGAAAUCAGAGAUGAGCGUAAUCGCCUUCGGUCGGAACAAGCGGAUAUUCAGAGAGAUAUUGAUAUCAAUAGGGACAAGAUUUCCGACUUACAACGCCAAGCCAAACAGUGCUCCAAUCAAAUCAAAGAGUACGACAGACGUCUUACUACCACUGACAACUUGCUGAAGUUAGAUCCUGAAGGUAACGGAGGACAUGGUAGAAAUUAUCGUUUCCAAAUCCGCGCUCAGUCUUAUCAAGCUCAUCUUCGCUUACGCAGAUUAAAAGAGAGUGGUGAGAAUGUUCCUACCUACUGGGAGUGUCCAGUUGUAUCCUGUUGGGCUAAAGACCCUUCAUACGCCAAGUAUCUUGAAGCAGCUAUGGAUAAUAACUCGAGGUUUUCAAUCACGGUCACCUCAAAUGAGGACGCCAAACGUAUCGAAAAAUUGUUGGGCAGUGAUAUCAAUGCUCCCCUUCGUGUGAUCUCGAGGGAACAGGCACCAAACUUGUCGCGUAACGUCAUUGCCGAGUAUGGAUUUGAUGGCGUUUUGUCUGACUUUUUGGAAGGCCCUAAAGAAGUGAUCCAAAUGCUUAUCAGCACGUUAUAUCUUAACUUGAUUCCCGUCAAGAAAGCCGCAAUGAACCCUGAUUUGGUGUCUAGAAUUGCUCAAAGCGAGAGCCUUUUCACUCAACACCGCGUACGACGCUUUAUGGAGAACUUUUCUCUGUACAAUAUGAAGAAGUCCGCUUAUGGGUCCCGGGAUCUUUGGUAUACCACCGAAAAGAUUCGCAAUGCACAAUAUUUUGGGAACAAUAAGGGGCUCACUGAAGAUGGCAUCCAAAGAAUUGAGCAGGCUAAGGCUGAACUCAAUCUAAAAUUGCGUGAAAUUACUGCAGAAAUUCAAACUUUGGAGGAUGGUAUGCGUGGCAAACGAGAUGAGGUGAAGGACUUGCAGGAGCAAUUCAAUGACCUUGGUCGCCAUAGAGACACAAAAGUGAAGGUGAACAAGGAUCAUGAUAAAGUCGAACAGCGUAUCAAAGAGGUCGAAAGUGAAAUCAGCGAGCUCGAGACGCUUUCUCCGGAACAUUUUUCUGACGAGGUCAAAAAGUCUCAAGAGGAACUUGUGCAAGCUCAUAGAGCGCUCGCGAGAAAGCGCUUGGAUCUUUCUAAUCAUCUUGGCACUCGCGUGGGAGCAUUGGCUCAGUAUAAGUUCGUGGAAUUCAAGUACAUCGACGCUGAAAGUCGAUCACGCAAUGCGCAAGGUUUAAUGUCGCAACUUGAUGCCAUUGGCAAGGAUAUGAAGCAGGUCUAUCAAGCUGCUAAGAAAGCGUAUCAAGAUGCUAAGUCUACUGACCGGUCGAUUGCGAUUGAAAAUGCCAUCAGAUUAUUCUACGAGCGUGCGGAUCUCCAUUUAAGACAACGAGUUGAAGGUUUGAUGAACGAGUAUAAAACUGCUGAAACAUUCAGCGAGGCCAACAUGAUCGAAAAGGUUCAGCAUUUGGAGGAAGAGCUUCUAACAUUGCAAGGGAACUCUGAUCGUUCGGCCAUCGAAAACUUCCACAGAAAACAACAGGAUCUUGACAAAAUCGCUAAUAGCAUUCCUCAGCUCGAGGCCACUAUCCAAGAGAAUGCAUUAAAGAUUGAGGAAUUGCUGCCUCGUUGGCUAUCGGCAUUGAAGGAGUAUGUGGAGCGAAUCUCUGAUGAAUUCAAUAGGCGUUUCACUAAAGAUGUUGCAAGUGACGGUCGAGUUGAACUUGGUAUAGCCGAUAGAUACCGCGAUUACGAGCUACGAAUCCUCACUCAGUUCAGACCGACUGCGCCAUUGAAGGUACUUGAUCACCAAUCUCAAUCUGGCGGGGAGCGAGCCGUCGCCACCAUCUUUUUCAUCAUGUCAAUACAAGGCCUUACCGACGCCCCCUUCCGGGUUGUUGAUGAAAUCAACCAAGGUAUGGACCCCACCAAUGAACGGGCGGCGCAUCGCAAUUUAGUGCAAACUGCUAGUGUCUCCCCCGAAUCGCAAUACUUUUUGGUCACGCCCAAACUCUUGACAGGGUUGUACUACUCGAAGGAUAUGGCGAUUCAUUGCAUUUAUGCUGCCGACUCAGACCACCUUGUGUCUCGCGCAACUGCCGGCAACUAUCUCGACUUCCGUGCAUUAGUCAAGUAA